AUGGGCAACGCCCAUGGCAGCAUCCCGGCAGGCAACCGCGCCCACAACCACGCCCACAACCGCGCCCGCAGAACCGCGCGCAACCCGUUUAUAGUAGGAUGCCCACAGCAGUUUCUCCUGCUAGUUCUGCUGCAAAGGACACAGCAAGAAAACAAUACAACAGAGGUCAGGCCCGUAGUCUGCAGCAGCUUCAGGGGUGGUGCUGACAGCAGCUCCUUACCAGGAAAGGUGGCCAGGUCUGAUGGCAACAAGGUUGCUUCACAGAGCGCCAUUAAGCCUAGAUCGCAUAACCCGUUCAUUGGCACACAUACGAAAGGGGUGGCGAAUGACCGUGUCAAGAAUACCUCGGUUGACAAUUCCUACAAGCCACCUGGCUCACACUCAGCCCCUAAAGGUAGUUACAGAACGUGGUCCUGGAUAAACAAAAGGAGACUGAAAGGCAGUGAAGAUGUAGACAAGGUCACAUCAGAGACCCUUGAACCUGUCAGGGAACCCAAUGAGGAGGGCUAUGUUCCUAACGUAACUCGUGAAGAUGAUAGCGGUGAUGACAGCGACACCUCCAGCGGUUCAGGCAGCACCUCCAGCAGUUCCAGUGGAUCAAGUAGCAGCUCUAGUGACUCUAGCAGAGUGACUGGGGUCAUACCAGAGGCGUACACUGAACCAUGUGUAUCUGCCAAGCCUGAGACCCGGUGCGUAGAGAAUGCAGCUGAGUCUUCUGAGACUGAGACUGUCUCCUCUGUAACCAAUUUCCCAUCUACAGCUGCCACAGAGUGUGCGAUGUCUACCGAUGUGCCUGGAUCUACAGCUGACCCUGAGUCUGUAUCUGCUGCAACCCAUGCACCAUAUACAAAUGCUGAGGUUGCUUACACUGAGGCUGAGUCCGAUCCUGUGGCUAAAGACAAGCAGGUCGAUUCUGUGGAGACGAAUGCUCCAUCUGCAGCUGCCACAGAGUGUGCGAUGUCUACCGAUGUGCCUGGAUCUACAGCGGACCCAGAGUCUGUAUCUGCUGUGAUUGGUAUCAUGACCAGUUCCAUGUGUGAUACCUCAGAGGGGUUUGUAGCAGCUCCGGUUACCAACCCAUAUCAAGAAGCGUUCAUCCGGAAUACCAACAACAACAGGUGUCCACAUCCCCACAGCAGCAGCCUACACCGCCGCGCCACCACGAGCCACCGUUCCAAGUUCAUCAGGAAUGGCAACAACACCAAAUGUCCACGCCACCCCAGCAGCAGCCUAUACCACCGCCUCAGCCCCAGCCAGAGUUCCUAG